GUGCCCGGGUAACACCGCGGUCGCCCACAAUGUAUGCAGAGGCCUAUUUAUUUGGAUUCCUGAUAAAAGUACUAAGUGACAGUGCAGCCCCUUCAAUUGAAGUGUUCUGAUCUCCAUUCACCGCCAUGUUACGACGUGGCUCAGAACUUGUCGUGGUACUCAUUGUCACAUUGUGGAAUCAAAGUUUUCAAAAAUCAAUCCACAAUACUGCGGGGCCUUUCCGCGUAAUACCACGCUACGUGACCCAUUGCCCACCCGCUUUGCAGCCUGCGCAGCCCCUCGAUUUCUACGUGAGGCAAACACGCGACCGGCAUGACCCAGACCUCUGGUACUACAGCGGCAACUUCACCACACUCUUCACGUGGACGAAUGACCAUGACGUUGACAUUAACGUAGCGUCGUGGAGCAGCCGCGGUGGCUGGAAGGAGAACGCAUACAUUUUUAGAGUCAAGCACUACUGCUCGGCCUUCAAGACCUACGUGCCUCAAGCCUGGCGCAAGAUCAUGCUGGCGAUCCACGGUGACGCCAACGCUGACUGUCCGUGGCCGCCGGGCGUGUACCAUGUCCGAAACAUGUCGACCGACUUCCGCAUCGGCGCCUUGCCGGCCUUUUACUACGGAAAAUGGCGGGCCACAUUGCGACUUAUGGAGAAUAACUAUCAAGACACGCUCGGGUGUUUCGUGGCGUACGCCGACACUGUGCCCCGAGGUGGAUUGUAAUUCAGUUUUCCGCAAAGAAGCUGGUCCAGCUGGUGAAGGAUUCGUUUGGUGAAAGACCUCCAGACCGUUUAGGGCGUCGACAAAUUUCAAGAUCAAGCCUAAGCGUUCCAUUUGGUGGUAGUAAAAGAGUGAAUCGCAGUGUGCAUGGCCGGUUGGAGCUGAUAAUUAAAUUGGCGCUUUCGCCCUCAUUGAC